AUGUUGCUCCAAGGUGCUUCUGGCACCCCAGUCUCACGUAAACGCAAGGGGUUGGAUUCAUCGCCAUUUGGCGAUUUCUCUCCGAUGGGUUUUGACGACUUGGAAGCUCUCAAUAUGCUGGAGGCUAAAUUUACGCAAAUGAGGUCUCCUUCGUCGAAGAAACGUAGGCGCACCGAUUCGCCAGUUGAGAAUGUAGAAGCCAGGCACCCAGCAGCCCAUGCGUUGGAGAAAGCCAUGGCAUCAAAUGCUUUUGUCUCUGAAAAUAAAUCAAAGAACGCUACUCUGUUGGCAAGUUCAAGCAAGAAAGAAACACUGUUGGAAGACGAAUUUGAUGAGUACGACGACGAGUUCGGGGAUGAUGAUCUCGCCGCCAUAGACUCAAAGUAUGAUUCCUGGUUCCAUCCAGCUCAGGAAGCUGCUCCUACAUUCGUGUCCUUUGUGCGACCAUCUGCCGGCCCGUCUACAAGUGCAUUGAAGAUCAUUCAACCCUCCGUUGCUGCAAUGAAGGCUGCACAAAAGCUCAUGGCCGAAGUGGAUGCAGAGGAAGAGAAAGAAGCAGCAAAGAAUUCCUCGACGAAAUCUCUACCUCCUAAAGCUACUGGGCCGAGAGUAUCGCUGCCGGCUCCAAAACCCAUGGUGACCCAAAGACCUUCAUCUUCACAGCCGAUGGUCCAGACGGUUCCUGCACCAAACCGCACUAUUCCAGUCACUCCAAUUGCCGCAUCUUUGCCCAAAAGUGACGUGGCAUCCGGCUCUCGCACAAGCAAACCUGACACUCCUAUGAUACGGCCUGCCUCUACAACUUUUAGUGAAGAGAAGUCCAGAGAUAUGAUCGAGGUACCUCUCCUUGCUACUGUCGAUAGUCCCACUCCAAAACACUUGGGAAUGCGAUCUCGACCAAAAGGAUCUACAAAAGCCAAGUUUUCCACCCCUUGGAAACAAGGGGUCAAGCCCGCACCCGCGUCCUCUGUUCUGCAGCUGCACAAUGAACAAACUAGAAAGCCAGAGAAGCCCCCUGUCAAAACUUUGCCUCUGGAAACUACUCCUAAAGAGAUUCCACGUCUUCCGCACUCU